UUUGUGAUCUAUUUUAUAUCCUUACAUUUGCAUGUGUGUGUGCAUCUAGGCUUUUCCAGACAGAGCUAUCAAACGGGACAUUGGUGAACUCCCUGUCAAGUGUGGGAAUGCAGACGCCUGUGAAUGGAAGGGGAAAGCACACCAGUAUGAUGAACAUCAGGAGAACUGUGAGUUUGGCCUGAUUUUAUGUCCGAAGCAGGGAUGUGGCAAACAGGUGAUGAGAAUGGAUCUUGCUGCACAUCUGGAGAAGGAGUGUGCCGUCAGACAAGUCAAGUGCAAGUACUGUGCACAGGAAAUACUGCUGAAGGAUGAAAAGGACCAUCUUUUCAUCUGCCCUCAAGUCCCCGUGAACUGUGACUUCUGUGGGAAGAAGAAGAUACCAAGGGCUCAGUUGCAGCAACAUCAGGAUGAAAACAUUGGAGAUUGCAGAAGGCUGAAAGUAGCCUGCCCAUUUGCUAUCGUCGGAUGUCCUGCAAAGCUGGAACGUGAGAAACUGAAUGACCACAUCGCCAAGCACCAGGCGGAUCACCUGAGCCUUGUGCUGGACAAGUAUCACACCCUCAUCAGUCUCAUACAAGGCCAAGUACAUCAGUAUGAUGGUGGUGCCAACUGCGGCGUGGUGGACUUUCCUACGACUGUCAGUGGUCAAGUCAUGGGGCCACUUCAACAGGGAGCUUCAUCACAGCCAUCAGCGCUGAUGAAGACACCAGGCGGUAGGCUGCAGGGUGGGCAACAGCAAGAUGUGCACAUUAAAAGUUUGACUGAUAUGUUUAACGUCGUGGUAGCCGCAGUAUCGAAGCUGAGGGGUGGGGCAGAGCCUGAUUCAGAGCUUGUAAAGAUGCUUGAGAACAGAAUGGAGCAGAUUGCUAGUAUGAUGGAAGAAAUUGAGCAUAAGCAUGAAGCCAUGGAGGCUAGGGUCGCCACUUUUGAGGAUAUAGUUGCUGUCCUCAAUCGUGAGAUUGAGAAGUGUUCGGCCACCAUCGAGGCAUACGAGCGACAGCGACGCCAGGACCGAGAGAUCAUCGAGUCCAUUGAGCGUAAGAUGAAGUCUCAAGAGCGAAUCAUCGCCCUCAAAGACGUGGCCCUUGCCGAGCAGGAUCUCCGUAUCACAUCCCUGGAGAUGACAUCCUACGAUGCCACCUUGCUGUGGAAGAUCCAAGACUUCACAAGAAAACGUCACGACGCCAUCACUGGUAAGACAACCUCCAUCUACUCCCCCUGCUUCUACACCAGCCGUACAGGAUACAAGAUGUGCGCCCGGAUCUACCUGAACGGUGAUGGCAUGGGGAAGGGGAGCCACAUCUCUCUGUUCUUCGUCCUGAUGAGGGGGCACUUUGACGGGCUGCUGCGCUGGCCAUUCCGCCAGAGGGUGACCUUCAUGUUGCUUGACCAGAACAACCGUGAGCACGUGAUCGACGCGUUCCGGCCCGACCCAACAUCUUCUUCCUUCAAACGCCCCACAAGUGAUAUGAACAUCGCCAGUGGAUGUCCGCUGUUCAUGCCACUCAGUCAGUUGGAGAGUACACGCCAUGCCUACGUACGCGAUGAUGAGAUUUUCUUAAAAAUCAUCGUGGACACGUCUGACCUAAAUUAAACUGAAUCAAAGCACCAAAUAGCACCUGAAGAUUCUGGGCCAAUCUAUAUGUAUGUCAGUAGCUUAUAUUGACCGUGUAUUUUUAUCUAUAUAGAAAUGGCCUGAAAUCUUAAUGUUUUCACCUCAGUAUUACAAACAUCUCCAUGUCCAGAAUCAUGUACCACUUACAUAUACAUGGGUUUAAUACAUAGACCUAGUUCUGAUCGCAACUAAUUACAAGGAUCAGACGGAAGAUAUCUACAAUUUCACUGGAAACUGUAAAAUUGUCAUAUUAAA